AUGUCUUCUGACCAAGCUGAGAGUACAGAAAACAGGAAUAUAUCGGAUGGAACUUAUGAUGACGAGGAGGAAGAAGUGAUAAUCGAUCCUCCAAUUUUGAUAACUUCAGUGAAAGUUCAACUUCCUGGAAGUGUCAAAAUCAAACAUUUGUCACAAGAGCUCCGAGAUCUCCUUGUUACCCAUUUAGAUGUUCCAAGCGCAAUUUCAAUGGGCUCAUGGCAAAUGGUAGAGGAUUUUCUAACGGCUAGUGGAACUUUUCAACUAGAGCCUGCAGAUCCCUCAAAUAAAAAUAUCUGGAAGCCUUUUGAAAACCUGCAUGCUCAAAUACUGGUCAAUGCACUGUACAAUGUUGAACGGAUAGACCUGCUUGUAAAAAUGAGGCAAAUGAUCAGAAACAACGUUCAUCUUCAGGAAGCGGAUGAUGUUCCACAAACAUCACAGAAUUUUUCUCAAGCGGUUUCAAUUUCCAACAUCCCCCCUCUGGUACCGUUCACACCAGUCGAUGCAACUAAUACGAUUCUGGUAUUACACUACGAAAAGAAGAAACAAGAGCGAAUAAAUUACAAAUGGUUUCACGACAACUUGGUGCAGCAUUUGGAGAAACAGUCUGACAAAAAUUUGAAAGUAGUUGAUAUAAUUACACUGGAAAAAAAUGACGGAGGAAAUCUACUACAACUACUGGAACACUUGUAUCCUCAGUUCAAACAUAUUAUCGUUUGCUUCAACGAUUCAUUUAUUGACGCCAUCAAAUCUCCCGAUCCAAAGAAAACCUUCUCAUUCCGCAAGUUCCUUCAUGACAAGACUAUUGUCGAGUUUCUUCAAAACAACAACAGGAAUCGACGUUUUCGUUGCGUCGUAAUGCCAGGAAUUACCAAGACUAUUGAAACAAUAUGGGCGAUGGUUACAAACCGCUAUCCGUUUCCCGACAAUUACAACGAACUCCUCGAGAAAUUGUUGGAAAGUAAAGGUGUGAAAGUUAAAAGGCAAUCGUCUGUCACUUUGAAUGAAGAGCAACUGCAAAACGAAAUGCGUCAAAUGGUCACAAAAUAA